AGCUGUGGAGUUUCCAUUACACCUCUGUCUUUCUCAAAUCAGUUUGAAUGUAAAUCUCCUACAGCAAGGAAUGAAGGCUGUGCUUUUUUUCUUUUCUUGUUGUGUAACUGAAACGAUAGCUGCACAAGGUCCAAGUGCAGGACUCUAAAUAUUGUGUAUCCUGUAAUUAUACACACAGAACUAUGGUUAUGGUUUAACGGGUAACUUUGCCUUCCCUGUAACUGGAGUAAGCUGCAUAUUUCAAUGCAAUGGGAUAACUUCUUUUGUGGGUCCAAAUAAAGGGUUGGAACUGGCUGAGUCAGCUUGAUACUGGAGGGAAAAGGAGAGAGAGAACAUUUUUACUUUAAAGGGUCUUAAAGAAGUGAAGUUGAUGUGUGCCACUGUUACUGUGAGAAAUACAAGAUGAAGCGAUGCUCGGUGUCUUACCUUCGGAAUAUAGCUGGAGUCUGUGUCUUCCUAGCAAUUUGUGUUACAAUAAUCGUGUUGUGUCUGACAUUGGGCCGACCCCCUAAAGGUAAGGAUUUGGCUCCACCGAGUGAAACUGAAACUUGGUGCCAAUUUCCCCAAUCUUUCUGAAGCUGUUUCUUGUUUUACUUUUCUGUUCAAAUCCUUGUUGUUGUAUUAAGAUUAUAUGGUUUCUAUCAGGCACAAGGGUAGGCAACCUUCGGCACUCCAGAUGUUGUGAACUAACCCCUUCUUUAAUGCUCUUACAGCCAUAAUGAUGGCAAAGCAUCGGGGGGAUGUAGUCCACAACAUCUGGAGUGCCAAAUGUUGCUUACCCCUGGUCUAGCAGCCCCAGUCAGAUAUUGAUCUGUAUAGAAAGGCAUUACAUUAAGAUGUAUUUUAUUUCAUUUGUUAUCCUCUAUAACUGUAUUUCUGUACCUAUGUAUAAGUGUAACGUGCUGAAACAUAUGUUGGCACAAACUAUACAUGAAGACUGUGUUCGUGCAAGGAGUACUGAUGGAUUGACGCUAUGUUGUAUUACUCUGAGGUUUAUUCAUUUAACAAGGAAUUAUGGAAUAUUAACAAGAGAUUUGCAAACUGUUGGCAUCUUUUCACAACCUCUGGCAUCUUUGUAUUGCGUUGGACAUUACAAGACAGUUAUUAGUUAUUAUUUCAUAAAGAUUAUAUCUAUGCAUUAUUUAUGUUUAGAGUACGGCCACUGUGUCAGAACAUGUCUGAUGUCUGUGUUUGUAUUUGUUUUAAGGUGUGUUUAUAAAAACAAAAUUAGAAAUCGGUUACAAAAACAUUAAUUAUGGAAAACUCACAAAGCAAUUACAGAUAAUAAGGCAAAAUUGCUGAGCUAUAAAAAAACUAAUUUGUAUAUUGUGACCUGUUUUUAGUUAUAAAUUUUUUUUUUUUUUUUAACAAAGAUCAGCCUGCAGAGUUCACUUUGGACUUUACAUCCAAGUUCCUACUGACUCCAGCUUAAAACCAGAUUUGAUCAUUGAAAUGAGCUCAGCUGAAACGGACGUACUUUGAUCCAACUGAACUGAGCAGUCACAUAGUUUAUAAACACAAAGAAAGAAUAGACUCCUUUAAUUGACUUUACUGCUGCAGUCAACCAAGUCAUGUGACAAUUGAGAAGUGUAGUACAGCAAUUUCACAUAGAAUUCUGCGAACUUAAACAUUUAAAAAAAAAAAAUCUAUGAACUGGGCUGUAUAUAAAAUGAUAGCAGCCACAGUCUACCUGCUAUCUAUUUACAGAGCAGUUCCACUCAUACUAUGCUAGGGGAUCCACUACAUAAAACAUAUCCCAUAAACCUCAUAUGUUUAGGAUUAGAGGCUCCUGAUUGGUGGAGCCCCCUCCUGGUCAGGGAGAAAUCUUCUGGCUGCUGACACUUGCUGUCAAAGUAUAGUAGCUUUAUAAUAUUAAGUCAGUUUAUGCGUUUAUUUUCCUAUGUUACUUUUUUUGCAAAAUGUUUUGAUGCUUUUUUAAAGGACCACUAUAGGCACCCAGACCACUUCAGCUUAAUGAAGUGGUCUGGGUGCCAGGUCCAGCUAGGGUUAAACCUUUUUUCUAUAAACAUAGCAGUUUCAGAGAACUUUAGUGGUCCUUUAAUUAAAACUUUACAGAGUCACUGAAGGACCAAGAGGUAUGGCUUCUUGCAGUAAAAUGUUUCUCCCAUAGGAGUAUCAUGAUGGGAUGAGUCCAUCAUGCAUGGAAAAGUAUUCUAUAGUUUUCUAUAAAUCUUUAUCACUUGCUGGACCUAGUGCAGUGUAUAGAAGUAGUAUUAUUCUUCAUUAGUUCAGAUGUCUACCAUUGGGCCAGGUUCUUGAAGGAUGUAGUGGUUAGUGCCUGAAAAACCCCAUGUUGUAGGGUUUCCAAAUGUUGAUGCCUUCUGCCUCUGAUUGUGGUAGGCAUCUCUACACCCACUUAAUGGUUACAUGGCAGGAUAUGGUAAUUAAGACGCCUGUAUACCCAUCAUUGACUUUUACAGACCAAAGACGGACAUUCAUCACUGGAGAAGACAUGCUGGAUUAUCUGAAGCUGCAGGGUGUGAUCGAUUCCAAGGACGGGCUACUAGUGAGCUGGAGUCACGGAGCCAACAAUAAGAGCCAGAUGGAGGAAGCAUUGAAAAGUAAAUAUAGCUUAAUUGCCUUGCUUUACAUUUGUGAUGAUCCUGAAGCCAAUUAAUCUGCAUAACGAAGCUCCAUAUAACCUGUUCCUGUAUUACUGUAAUUGGCCAUUUACCCACAUUGACCUUCUUGCUGCCUCUAACCCUAUGCACUUGAAUUGUUGCUCAUUGUACCAUCAAGAUUCUUCACCAUGGGAGCCUCUUUGGAUAUCUUUGCUCUGCCGCCCCCUACUGUCUUUAUCCUGUUGGCUAUAUAGCAGAUUAGCUGUGUGUGUGUGUCUCUCUCUCUCUCUAUCAAAUUAGCUCUCGCUCUCUCUCUCGAUCUAUAUCUAUAUCUAUAGUAAAUUAGCAUGGCCGUUAUAUUUUUCCGAAAAAUGUGCCAACCCUAGUACACAAUGACCAACACACAUCACACAAGUUUGCAAGAAAUACAGGUAUAUACUCUUGAAUACAACCCUCUGGUUUCAGAUUCAAGGUUUUAUUUACUAAACCAAUGCAGAAUUAAAAAUGUGGGGAAUUAUAAUAUCUAAUCUAGAUGUGCCAGAUUAUUGUUUAAUCUGAAAUAAUUUAACGUGAAUUUUGUAAAUCACCUUAUGAAUAUUCCGCAUUUCACUGUUUAGUUACUGAGCCUCUGAGCUGGAAGCUAUAUAAUCCCCGAAACUCAUUAUGUUGCGUGACAUCAAUAUAUGUACGGGCGUGAUCCUAUUGUUCACAAAACUGCAUUCUCUCCUUGUAUAAUACUGGGAAUAGUAUUACACAAUAAGGGUCAAGUGGAGCUUUCAAUGGAAGAAUGUGUUCACAAGGUGAAGGGGAGGCCAUUACAUGCUAUCAUCCUUCAUUAGGCUUUUAGGCCUAUACUCUGAAAAGAAUGCAUGCCUCCCAACAUUUUAAAUGGACAAAGAGGGGCACUUUAAAUUUAGGGGGGUGGCCGGGGUUGGGGCUAUUUUGAGAAAUUUUAUACAACUAAAAUGUAACUUAGAACAAAAUAUCGUGUUUACACAGACUGAUUUCUAAACAUAUUAAUUGUAGUUUAACUAUAAAUGACUGUAUCGUUGCUGUUCUGUUAUGCGUGCAAAUACAACAAAAAUAGGAAGUGCAUAGAAAAGAGAGACAUUAGGACAGAAAAGACAGACAGAGGGACAGGGACACUCGGGAGCAGCACUGUAUUUACCGUGAGGCUAACCAGGCAUUUGCCUUGGCACAUUCCAGGGGGGUGACAAAAAAUGGAGCCCCAAAACGGCCCAUGUCAUUGAACGGCACAUAAGUGAGAAGAGCAAGAAGAUCAGAGCAACCCCAUGCUGGACCCCAGGGAAAUAAUCCACUCCAGCUCUCCCAUAAGGAGGGAGACUGAGUGGAUUUAAAAUUAAUUCAAAAAAAUAAAUAAAUAAUUUGUGAGUGUAUGAGAAAAUGUGUGUGUCUGUCAGUGAAAGUGUGUGUUGGUUAAACACUGUGCGUGCCAAUGACUGUCUUCCAGUCAGUGAGUGUAUGUCAGUGUAUGUAUCAGUGAGGGCAUGUGUCAGUCAAAGUGCGUGUUGGGCUUAAACAUGAAAAGGUUGACCAUGACAGAAUAUAGAUUCGAGUGGUGCCCACGUUUAGUCAUGCCUAAGACAGCACAAAACCAAAAUACACUUCCUGGGAGGUUUGAGAAUGUGUUUGUAUUAUCCCCAAGUUAAAAGGGGUAUUAAUAUAAUUUAGAAAAAAUUAAAUUAGUUCGGUUUUGUCUGACAGUUCAUUAACAAAUACCACUGAGGCAUGGGCGUCCGCAGGGGGGGGCAAGGAGGGGCACUUGCCCCUGGAUUUUUCAGCUUGUUCUGCUAUUUUUCGUGUGAUUUAGAAUGAACUGCAAUACCGGCGCCGGCCAGUAGGUGGCGCUGUGUAUGGAGAGACAGGGAUAGGAAGCUGCAUCCUUUCCCUGCUUCUCUCUGCUGAUUGAAACCGCAGGGGAGCAACACAUGCAGCCAGAUAGACAGCCUACAGAUCAGGGGAGUGGGGGAUGGGGGGGAGGGUUUGAGAGGGGGGCAGCAGCCUAUAGAUUUUGGGGAGGGCAGCAGCAGAUAGAUUUGGGGGCAGCCCAUAGAUUUUGGGGGUAGCAGCCCAUAGAUUUGGGAGGGGCAGCAGCCCAUAGAUUUUGGGGCAGCAGCCUAUAGAUAUAUAGAAAUGAACAGGAAGGGUCAGCAAGGAGCUGGAAGGUAAAGCAGCACAAAGGUAAAGUAGAAGGAGCAGAAAGGGUCAGAAAUGAGCUGGAAGGGGCAGAAGGAGCACAAACAUAAAGUAGGAGAAUGAGCAGGAAGGGCCUGCAAGGAGCAGGAAGGAGCACAAAGGGACAGCAAGGAGCACAAAGGUAAAGGAGCAGAAAGAAUCAGAAGGAGCACAAAGGUAAAGUAGGAGAAAGAGCAGAAAGGGACAGCAAGGAGCACAAAGGUAAAGUAGAAAAGGAAGCAGAAAGGGUCUGCAAGGAGCAGAAAGGGAUCAGAAUGAGAAAGGAGCAGAAGGGCGCAAAAUAAGCAGAAAGUAGCAGAAAGGUAAAAGAGCAGAAGGGGCCAAGGAUAGAAAACAGUGUUAGAAGAAAAAAAAAGACUGUCAAAUGAAGGAGAGGAAAAGGAGAUUGGAGCAGGAAGGACAAAUGAAGUGAACCCUCCACUUUAUUCUGGACACCACAUCAUAAGGCUUUGGUACCUGGGCCUGGCAGGGAAACGCUGGACCUUCUCAUCUCCAAAGGUAAAAAAAUAUUGGUGUUAAUGUGUUCACUUUUAUUUACUGAGUGUCAGGAAGCACAGAGUGCCGUUGGGUAGGGGUGUUGCUGAUUGGCUAGAGCGGUCAGCUGGCACUCUAAGCCAAUCAGUAGCUCCCCAUUCAUAAAAAAGUAAAAACAUUUUAUGAACCGGGAACUAGCGAUUGGCUUAGAGCGUCAACUGACCACUCUAGCCAAUCAGCGGCACCCAUGCCUGACGUCAAUCUGCACUUCCUGACACUCUGUUUCAGAAGCCAAAUACCACUGAGCGACCUGGAGCUGGAGGAAGCCUUUGGGGUUAAACCAUUUGAGAGCGAUUUAACCCCUUAAAGGAAAGCGAGCACCCAGGGGCUUCCUGGCAUCAUAGCAUUUUCAUUUAGGUGAAGUUGUUAUGGUGACCAGAAAUGUCCUUUAAUUUGCUUAAAGGAACACUAUAGUGUCAGGAAUACAAACAUAUAUUCCUGACACCAUAGUUGUGAAAACGCUAUUCACCCUGGCUUUAUGUGAUAAUGGCUAUGCCCCUUCCCUUUCAUGACACUGUCAAAAAGGUACCAAGCAUGGAUGUCAUUACAAUUAUGCCCCCCCCCUGGAAAAAUUCCCGCGGACGCCCAUGCACUGAGGUCUGGGACUGUGUGUAGAAUGAAACAGAAUGGCCCAUGAAGUGAUAUCAGUCUACAUCACUGAUCCAUUGCUCCCUUGUGGGCUCGGUGUAUACCAUGCUUCCGGAAUACUCGGCUUGCAGUCUAGAAUCCAUACUCUGCUGCCAAUACCAUCAUGAUCAAUGCUACUCAAAAAAGUGUUUGUCCUAUUUAGAAUUUGUGAUCUUCCUGAACUCUGUUACCCUUGACAUUUGCCUAGUUUAUCAUUUCCUAGUACAUCAGACUUACGGUGGUUUUCAAUAAAGUAAGAAUAGACAAACUAAAAGAACAAAUGACUUUUAAUUUGUUUUUGUUUUCCCAAUUCCAUUUGGCCUGAAAGUUUUCCACACCACAUAACCUAAAUGAAGUGGCCUGCGUGCAGUGGUCCUUUUAGUUUUAACCCUGUAAAGUAAAACAUUGUUAUUUUGUACAAACUGCAAUGUUUCCAUUACUGUGUUAAAGCACUUCUACUGGCUAUUUCCAAGUGUUGCUCCAUUUGAGCUCAGAGAUUUGCCGUACUAGACUCCUAAUGUUUUCCUAUGGGGAAGUAUUGGAUUGGCUGAGAUCAUCAGUCUUGAUGAUCUCAGCCUGGGAGAGGUGGAGCGGCCAGGCCACGGCAAGGAAGUACAGGUAAGUGUAUGCCUAGUGCUAUAGGGUUCCUUAAAUAUGACAUUAACUUUGUAUUUAUUUUUAAUUCCUGACAAUUCUCAACAACCUAAUAAAUAACUAAAUUUAACUAAGGGUUAUGCUAUAUUUUUAUUUUUAAUUCUUGUUGGUUUUUAUUUUUUAAUUGACAUUGACUGUCUAGCGGUCCUGGCACAACCACAGCAAGUCAGGAAAAUAAACUUGACCCCUGCAGUGCCACACUACAAGAGCAUGGCACUAUGAAAUCAAUGGUCUACACAGCCUGGAGUGUACCUGUAAAUAGACUCAAUGGUUUGUAGAAUUGGUUACAUGAUAUGUUACAGAAACACCACAGCAUUAUUAAUACAUGUUGAUAUUCCUAACACUGUAGUCUUAAUGUCCUUAGCUCCUCUGAGUAAGCGCUUAAAAAAUUGAAACAAAUCAUUUUACUUACCUUUUCUUGCUGAAGCUCACGCUGUACUGUGGUGGGCUCUUUCUUGCGAAAUGUCACCCUGGAGGCGUGCCUCUUGGAUGACGGUCCAAUCCAAUGCUACUAAUAGAAGAGCAUUGGGGGCCGUAGGCACAGGCGCUGCACUCAUAGCGAUCCGCCUAUGAUUCUAUGAAUCAUUGAAUGCAAUGAUGCUCUACGAUUGACCCAAAUGGUACUGGUAUGCCUAGGUAUGAGAGCCACGCUCCAAUCCCUUCGUGCAUGAGACAUCCCGGAUCUCAUACACGAAGGGAUUGGCGCGUGGCUUGAAGCCAAAUUAUAAAAAUAUGACAUUUGGGGAUAUGACGGGACUGGGCUAGAACUUAAGGAGCUAUAACAACUUUAAUAAAAUAAAGUUGUUACAGUGCCUAUAGUUUUCCUUUAAAUCAUAUAUAUGUUUAUAAUUUGAUAUACAGCAAAUUAAAUGUGGCUUUCUAGUUGGUAAUGACAGUCAGUGAAUCAGGGAAAAAGCAGUCGGUCAAUGCUGGAGGCUUUUAUGGGCUUCCAAUAAAAAAAAAAAAACACAGUCAAACCAGAAUAAAUUUGACCUAUAUGUUUUCUGUGUGGGCUCACAUCAUGUUGUUUUUCUGUUCUCCGACAGGUGAUAUCAUGGUUCUAGAAGCUGAUGUCAACGUGGAAGGAUAUGGAACGAAAAAUCAGACAAAUAUUCCCAUCAUGGCCCAUCCUCCGGCAGUAUACAGUGACAACACACUCCAGGAAUGGCUGGACACUGUUGUGGUCUCCUCAAAAGGUACCACGUCCUGCAAAAAAGUGGAUCUGACACUUCCGAGCAUCUCAUCACAUUAACCCCUUAAGGACACAACUUCUGAAAUAAAAGAGAAUCAUGACAGAAUAUUUCAGUCAUGUGUCCUUAAGGGGUUAAAGGGGCACUCCAAGCACCAUGAUCACUUCAGUGAUUGGAAGUGGUCAUGGUGCUUGGAGUCUGUACGUGCAGCGUUUCACUAUGAAAUGUUGUGCGUACAGAGUUUAGCCCUUCUGCCGGUGCCAGCAUUAUUUAAAGGUGAGUUCCAGGUGACUAAUGUUUAGCGUCUGCAUGCUGGCAACAGACAACCGAUGGCAUCAGGGCCCCUCCUGUGCUGCCAAUGUUAUCCCCUCAACCAACCCUCACUCAUGUCUAUCCCCCUCAAGCGAGACGGUAUGACGAGACGGUAUGAUCUCCGCAGUUGAGAAAUGGACUGAGGGAUAACUUGGCCUGGGCGCUGAAGGUGAGUUUUAGCUACUUUUAUUUUACUUCCGCUUUUAUGGAAUGGGGACCAGGAUAAGUAAGAGUUACUCUAACCAAAAACAUGUUUUCUUAAAGCACUGUUUUUUAGUUGGAAUUAACCCUUUAAAUUUAAUCUGAGAAUAUACCAAUAUCUUGUCUUCUCAGUUACUGAAGUGUGAAUUACUGGAAAUUCAAAGGGACUUUUUAAAUUUUAAGACGAAAAAGCAAAACUGGAAACAUAGCUGACUUGAAGAAUUUUUCAAUUUCUGCCAAUUUAGGCUAAAAAUUUAAAUUCACUUUAAAAUCACUACUUUGUAUUCCUGGCGGUUCUCAAUGUCAUAAAUGUUUACUGAACUCCAUAUUGUAGUGAUAUCGAGAAAAAAAUAUGUAGUCUGGAAAUAUUAAAUCUAUGCAUUUAGGGUUAUUCACUAAAGUAUAAAUUGUCAGGAAUUAGAAAAUUAAACCAAAAUAAUGGAUUCUACCUAUAGUCACAGUAUGGCUAUUUUAGUUUUGUAAGUCAGAUUUUGAUUCCCUACAAUUCAGACGUUAGUGAAGAACCCUGUGUGUGAAUGCCCCAUCGUUUUAUCCAUAUUCCAAAUAUUAUAAUAUUUUUGUAUUUAUAAACAGUGUGCAAUAUGCAAUGUGAACUCUUUUUGCCGCAGUGGAUGUAACCUGAAGAUUUUAGAAUAGUUAUUAGACAUGAUCACCUAUCAAAAAUAACACAUGAUCAUUCUCCUUUUACCCCGUACAGGUAUCAAACUGGAUUUCAAAAGCAUUGAAGCGGUUAGCCCCUCACUCAACAUAUUAAAUGCAAAAGCAUCAAAGGGACAAAUUAGACAGCCCAUUUGGCUAAAUGCAGACAUCGUGAUUGGGCCCAAUGUCAAUCAUAAUAUCGCAGUGAACGCAAGCCAGUUAGUAUUUUUUAUUACAUAUUUUUAAUCUUUAUAGCAAAAUGUAUCGGAGUUCACACUGCAAAUACUGUAACAUAGAAUUGAUUGUUAGGGCUUCCAUGAUGGUCAGUUAGCUGAAUGGCUGGCUGAGCUUCAUGGGAGCCAAACUCUACAAUGGCCUUUCUUCUCUGUUACUGAAUCAGUUAUCAUCCUGGCUGCAUUCUAAUAGUGCUCAGUGACCUAUUGAAUCAUGUCUAUGCUGAGGUUAGUUAAAAAUGGGAUUGGUAAGAUUAGCUGGGCUAGUGAAUUUUAUUUAUUUAUUUAUAAAAUAUUUUAUCAGGAAGGAUACAUUUAGAUUUCUCUCGUUUUCAAGUAUGUCCUGGGCCCACAAACAGUGGCGUACACACUGAUCUGUGGGCUCCCCCCCACGCUUACUCUGCACGGGCUGGGGCCACAACACAUGGCGGCGGGCACCUGAUCGCAGGGGUCACAGGUACACAUACACUUAAAGGACCACUAUAGACACCCAGAUCACUUCAACUGCUAUGUUUCACUGAGGGUUAAUCUCGCUGACAUGCGCUAGAGGCGCUUCCGGGAAAAUCACAGUGAGAAGACGCUGGACGUCCAUUGGAAAGCAUUGAGCAUGCGCAUUCGGAGCUGAGAGGCGGAUCAGGCAGAGGGAUCCCCAGCGCCAAGGAUGUCCGGCGCUGGAGAAAGGAAAGUGCUGAAGGGGUUUUAAAAACGCGCACACACACAGACUCACCAACAGACGCAAUACAUUUACAGAAUUUCCUGGCUCAGUUUUCUUCCCAUAUUUAAUGCAAUAGUUGACAUAUCUUUUCUCUCCCUUUAAGACACCUCUGUACUAAUAACCAGCCAUAUUUCCCAAAUGCAGGUUUUUAGGGUUAAUUCAAACAAAGUUUCCUGACGUGACCAUUUCCCCUGGUUGGGUGACUCUCUAUCUACCACCUAUCCUAUCAAACCGGACCUACUCAUGGGAGAUGAUCCAGGAGAUGUACAAUUUAGUGAAAUCGUUGCCCCAACGGGUGACUUUCCCAGCUCGAGCUGUUUUGACUCGCUCAGCGUGGCAACACUUCCACUGGCUCCUACAGCAAUCUGAGAGGUAAUGCAAGCACUCUUUUCAUUGAAUAACUUUGGCAUUUGGAUAUGCCAAGUCUUCAUUAGCAAGUCCCAGGUCCAUAUAUUCAUUGCGUUGUAACUAAUUUAUAUAUAUAUAUAAAUACGUACCAUGCCCAUCAGUUAGAUUAGAUGAUAAACAUGUGAUAUUUGGACCACCUAUGUUCAUCUGUGUGAUGUCAUGUCCAUCUAAGUAGAUUCUUUGGUUAGAUGUUUUGUUAGUCCUAUGAAGUCCUUUGCCCAUGUGAUAGGUGUCCUGUUUUAAUCGAUACAUACUAUGUCUAAAUGUCAUCCCUUGUGCCAGCCUGUUCAUUGUUCUUCAAUCCAUCCUAGUAGGUUUCUUACCUAUCAAUUAAUUUGGCAUCCACACUUAAGGUCUUACUCCUAUCUGUCCAACUGGUGUGACAUGCAUCUAUGAAAACAAAUUAUAUAACUGGCACCUGAAUGUUUCAACCCUACAUUGGUCUAAUUUAAGCGAAUCUAUGAAAUACCAGACUAUGUAUCACUCUCGACUUUAUGCAAGUUUGCAAAUUUCUUGGUAAAUUCAACUUUAUUUGCUAGUUAUCAUAUUGGUGAUUUAGUGAUGAUGAAUAACACUGUGUUCAAAUAAUUCAGUUUGGUCACAGAACCCAAGAGAAAUGAAAAAACCCAAAACAUUGUGAACAAUUUAAAAAUUGUGACUCUUGUAAAAAUAAAUUUUUUGUACAUUUACAGUUGUGAAAUAUAAUUUUACGAAGUAUGGGCGCUUCUGACUUGCACAGCAAUACAAACUUCCAUUAAAUACUAAAUUUGUGUAUCAGCAGAUUCUUAAGAUGCUAAAAGUAAAAAUUGCUUAUUACAGGCAACUGUGACGGUAUUCACCAUCACCAGGAGUUUCAGACGAACACUUUAUGUAGGACCCUGGACUUCUCCUAAGUCACCUUUGCCCAUUAUAGGUUCAGGCAGUUUGGAUUUGUGUAUUUUGGAUUUGUGCUGUCGGAGGCAUGACGGAACUCUGGCACUCCCUAAUUUUAAUUUGCCUCACCCCUUCCUGCCAAGGCCACACCUCUUCCUGUUAGACUAACACAUUUUGUGACAGACACACAUUGACACACCCACUCACGGACAAAUACACACUCUGAGAUAAACUGACAUAUGCAGACACACACAAUCACUCAGACACAAACCAACAGACACACACCCUCACAAACAGACACACGCACACUCACUCGUGGACACAUACUGACAGACAUACACACAUAUCCACCUACAUUCCCAGACACACACACACACUCACAGACAAACUGACAGACACAUACACAGACUCACUGACACACUGACAGAUAUACAACACAUUCACUGACAGACACAAACUCACUGACGGACAUAUACACACACUCACUGACAGACGCACACACACAAACUCACUGACAGAUAUACACACACACACACACACACACACACAUUUACCCCCAAAAGUCACAAAUAAUUGUUAUUUUUUUUAUUUUAUUUAAAUCCACCCAGCCUCCCUACUUUUCGGAAAGCUGGGUGGAUUAUUUACCUAGGGUCCAGUGGAGCUGCUAGGCUUGCUCGCUAUGGAGCCGAGUAAGAAGAGGUCACAGAUUAGCACUCCCUCGCCCAGAAAACAAGGCCAAAAAGGCAUUUGCCUGGGCAUUUGAGGGCGGAGUUUUUGCCACUCCUUUGAAAGUAUCGCCCAAGGCAAAUGCCUUGUUAGCCUCACAGUAAAUACAGCCCUGGGUGCAGGGUGUGAAUAGUGUAUGCGUGUAUUAUUGUUAUAUGUUUUGUGUGCUCUCCUGGCCUGCUGAUGCUUGCUACCAAGUAGGUGGAUUUGGCUGUGGAGCCUUUUCAGCGCCACCUGUUGGUAGCAACAGCAACAUGCACUACCUGAAUAGCAAGGCUUGCUAAUUUGCAUAUUCAGUUAGAUUUGCAUAUUAUUAUACCUAAAGAAUGCAACUCAUUAGAUUCUGAAAAAAUCUCAGUGUGUGCUCUAACAAUGGAAUGCUCACAUAAGGUAGUGCCUAUAAGGUGGCUCUGUCUGUGUAUUUGGGAUUACACCAGGAGCCACACAUCUUCUCUCAUAUAUAGGAACUGUUGUGUCCUGUUCCAACUGCCCCUCGCCAUUUCUAUUAUUAGAGUAUUAUAGUACGGCAAUUUCUUUCUAUUGAGAAUUUAUUUAUCGUGAAAAUUGAUCCAGCAGCUCCUGAGAGAAGAGAUGAGUGGCCCAAAGACACAGACAUUUAGAGCUGGCUUAGAGGCUCUAAUCUAUGUGAGUGUUCCAUUAAGUUAAGAAAACUAUCCCACUCUGAGUUUUGUUGAAAUUUGACUAAUAUGGCUUUUAAUUUUGCAAUUUGGCAUUUACACAUCAUAAAUAAUUUUUUUGUUGUGAAUAAAUUGCCCGAUUUGCAGAGCUGUAGAGAUAAAGGUCCUGGUAUUUCAAAAUAAGCAUUUAUACAGUGUACAUAUAAUGCCCUGUAUGUAUCAUCCUUUGCAGGUCUACCCUCAUUUUAUGGUAUUCAAUAUAAGAGUUAAUACAUGGUGUAACCUAUAUAAUGCCCUGUAUGUCUCAUCCUUGCAGGUAUACUCUCACUUUAUGGCAAGGGAGUUCAGACCCUCUGACCCUGGAAGACCUAUUGUUUAUCCGAGAUAACAGUCACCCUGAGCAAAUCUAUUAUGAUAUUUAUGAACCUCUGUUAUCUGACUUCAAACAAAUUGCAUGUAAGUGUCGGUCCAGAGUCUGAGAUAUGAGUCAAAGAUCCACGAUAUGGACAAAGGCCAGCCAGCUUGAUUAGCUAUUGAUAUUUAUCCAUAGCAUUCCCAUCACAUCUACUUUCAAUUCUAUGCUAAAUGAGAUUAAUUGUUAUUGGGAUCUUAUUGGAUUGAAAAUGAAAUAGUACAAUUGCAGUUAUACAAAAAAAUAGCUUGACCAUUUUUAAACUUAAAUUUGGCAGCCUAGUGCCUAUAGCUUAGUAAAGCUUAGCCUAUAACGGAGUAGCAGAAUGUUUACAAAUUUGCUAUUUUAUCCUUAAACCUUAAAUUCAGAUUUUAAGUUGGUACAGUUCAGUAAAUUAGCCCUUGAGACGCUCCAAUCUGUGUUCCUGUAGCCAUGGAGAUACUGGCGAUGACAUUUCAUAGUGGUGGGGGCAAGUAGGGAUUUUACCACCACUUAGUUUGGGCACGGUGGGCAUUUCCUCUCAGACCGCUGAGCCACAGAACACACAGGCGCCAUAUAUAGGGUGAGGUAGAGGCAAAAAAUGCCUACAAAAUUCAAAGUAUAAAUAAAGAAAAAUUAGACCUGUGCUGCAGAUACUCAACACUGAAGUCCCAACAGUGUAUAUACAACCAAAAAACAAACACGAGUCCUGCGCAUCCAGUAUAGGUGUGCACACACAGCCCUGGGUGUGAACACCUAUACUGGAUGCACAGGACUCUUGUUUGUUUUUUGGUUGAACAUGCAGGAGGGGAGCAGCACUGUGCUCCCCUUCUGCUGGUAACCUGGCAACUGCGGGCUCUGGCCGGUGUGGCUGUGCACCAGCCCUGACUGUAUGACUCAGGGGUCAUAUCUGCGGCCGAGCCCCCCAGAGUGACAGGCUGAUCACAGCUGCGACCCCUGCAACUGUGGUAGGUAUGCCACUGAAUACAGAUACAUACAGACAAACAUACAUAUGCACACAUACUGACACACACACUUACUGAUACAGAUGAACAUACACGGUGAAACACACACACCUACUGAUACAGACACACACAUACUGACACAUAAACAUAUAUCAUGACACAGAUGCACAAACAUACUGACACACAGACUGAUACAAACACAAGUCAUAAUGUGUAUACUUUUAGCCACGCUCCUGUUUCCAUGCCUUUUGGUUGCAGGAGGGUGGCUACCCUUGGGUCCAGUAUGCCCUGCAGGUUGACGAUGAUGAUAGUCUGGGGCUGCUGGAGUCAGCACCAUCUCACAGGGACCCGGCUGGACUCCUAAUCAGAAAUGCCCAUUGAGUGUCUCUAAGUGUAAAGGACACCUGAUGGCCUUUGAUGUCAGGACAGAAUUAUAGACCAGACGGGCCGCCGGGUCAAACCAGGACAACUAUUAACCCUUGGUUCUACAUCAACCUCUACUUUUAGGAUUCAAUGUAGCACUGCCUACUGUUUAAUGAGCUGGAAUAUGUUUUGAUCUACAGUUUAGUAAAAAAAAUAAUAAAAAAAAACCACACAAAAAAAAGUUCAUAAAUGUGUGUAUAUGUACAUAUUGUAAACCACUCUCAUUUUUACACAGUAAAUCCACACAGAAAGAGACUGUUUUACUCUGGGGGCAAUUUGGAGCUAUAUUUCCACCCAGAUGAUGAUGAUGGACUAUGGGUAGAAUGGUUCGACGCAGAAGGUAACAUCACAUAUGUAGAGAGCAUUUUGAAUGGUAAGUUGAGUUUGCGUCCUAAACUGAUAUAUGAUAUAGAACAAAAUUUUAUUUCGUUUUUAUAUGUGAGAAACGGAGAAAGGACUGAUUCCUUUUACAAAGUACUAUAUUUGAAAAUGCUAAUUGUGUUUCAAAAGCCCUUAAUGUGUUUCUCCAACCUUUUUCACAUAUGAUAAAUUAUUGCAAUUGGGUCUCUCUGUGUGGGAGGGAGGUAAGGGAAGAGCUGAGAAGCGGUUACGUCUAUCGCCAGCAUGCAGUGCGAGCUGACGACAGACAUAAUUUAUGCACUGAAUUGACAUUAGGCAGCCCAGCACAACGUUCUGUGUGCUGGGGUUGCAACUAGCCCCCAGUACACAAUUAAAAAUAUGUCUGGAUGUGCCUUGUUUCAAGCAGAAACACUGCAAACCCAGGCUCCUACCACCACGAUCACUUCAAAAAAUCAGAAGUGGUCAAGGUGGUUGGAGUAGCCCUUUAAUUCAGUGAUGAAGUAACCCCUAUGGAUUAAAGAACUGUCACUUCAAAAGUUCCAAAAGGGCAUAGAUUAAAAAAAAAAAAAAAAGUAUAUAUGUAGAAAAAUUUUAAAAAUUUAUCUCUACCUUUAGUAUGUGGCAGGAUCCUUCAGCCGUAUACAUGCACCUUGGGUCAGACAGUGUUUGAAACCCAACAUUUGGUUUCCAUGCUUCCCUGCUUCACUCCUUACAGAGAAGUUGCAUUAAUCUGCUUAAUAAAAUAACAAUUUAGAAGGCCAAACCUGACCAGGACAGAUGCUAGUAUAACCGAAUACAUUUUGGCCAAACAUUCAGUAUAAAAUAAGCACAAAUCAUCUCAAACUGCCAGUAUCACAAAGGUUGUGUUAGAGCUAAAUGAUACAUAAUACAGAAAUUGUAAGUGGUAGUAGGCUUAUGCAAUGAAUGAGUGUAUCUGCUGAUUAAAGGUCUGUUAUUACUACAGGAGAUAAGUGAUUUUAGAAAUGUUAUAAUCAUUAAAGCAGCUCUGUUUUACAUGUCCCAUGGUACUUUAGAAAGUUAAAAUCAUUAUGAGCUACCCGUUGACUGUUUCAUUAAAAUUAUAAAGCACACAAAAUAUUUAAGACAAAUAAAACCUUUUUCUUAUGGUCAAAGUUAAAGGAUCACUAUAGCGUCAGGAAAACAAAGCGGUCCCCCUUCAGCAGCUUACCUUAUUCCAGUGCCGGGUUCCCUCAGCGCUGGUGACCUCUCCUGCCCCGCCGACGUCAGCGGAGCCGAAUGCGCAUGCGCGGCAAGUGCCGCACGCGCAUUCAAGCUGUCAAUAGGAAAGCAUUUCUCAAUGCUUUCCUAUGGAUGCUCUGCGCGAUGGAGGCAUAAUAUACCUCUAGCAUCGCAGAUGCGCCUCUAGUGGCUCUCCGGAAGACAGCCACUAGAGGCUGGCUUAACCCUGGAAUGUACACAUAGAAGUUUCUCUGAAACUGCUAUGUUUGCAUCUGCAGGGUUAAAACCUGAGGGACCUGGCACCCAGACCACUUCAUUGAGCUGAAGUGGUCUGGGUGACUAUAUUGUCCCUUUAACAAAAGGCAGAGUUUCUACUAUCACCGUUUGUCAGUUCCCAUAGCCAUUGCAAGCGACGGCUGUGGGAAAAGUUUCCUUGAGCAUAGUGAGAGAGUCUGUUUACGGAUAAUUCACCUGUUUUGCAGGCUCUUACAUAGCUGUCACUAUUGUAAUUUUGAGCAGAGGAUACAGCAGGGAGAAUCAAGUAAGUAUAACUCACUUCAGUUUCACACGCCACUUACAGCACACAAAGCAGGCAUGUCACUGGUAUUUACAAAACACACAAAGACCUGAAUGAAAAAAAAAAACGACUUCAGAAGGGUGAACUCUGAUUUUAUAGGUUGCAUCCAUUAUGAUCGAUGCAACCAAAGAUUGUGGCUGCCCCAGUCUUAAAGUAUCAGGAAGAUGAAACUUUCUAAAGAUUCUCACACUUAGUCAAAUCCCCAGUGCUGGUGUUUCAAUUCAUGAAAUCCCUCAAAUAGAAAAUAUAAAUAUGUACUACGCAGUUGGGUAGAUCAUGUGUUAAGAAACAAAGGAAGUAUUCCUUGCUAGGCCAGUUUAAUAGGAAUAACGCAGACACAACAUAAAUCCACCAGCGUAUAAUGCAAAAAAAAAAAACAUUUCCAAGACUUGUAAUAUCUUCGCAUGGGAUAGAGGGGAGACUGUUGCUCUCUCUCAAUUCUUUGGCAUAUAGUCUGUCAAAGAAUUGCUGACAGGUGGAAGAAAAAAAAAAAUAUAUAUAUAUAUUUUUAAAGGAACACUAUAGUCACCAGAACAACUACAGCUUAAUAUGGUUGUUCUGGUGAGUAUAGUAUGUCCAUGCUGGACUUUUGCUGUAAACACUGCCUAUUCGGAGAUGGUGUUUUUAAAACUAUAGUGUAAUUCUGACACUAUAGCGUUUCUUCAAUCCAUCUACCUGAAGGCGGUGUACAUUUCUUAUAUCUUGAUCAUUAUGAUUGAUGUUCAGGGGAGUGCUUCUUGUUCGUUAGAAAGUAACUUCAGGCUGGGGACUAACCGCUCUUAUCAUUUAUGCAUUGUAUAGAUAAUGCACUAAAUAUAUAUGCAAAAAUAAAGACAAAACCACAUUUUUUUUUUUCUUAAACUUGCUGUGAAUAACCUUUCCUUGCAGAUUGCGUAGUGAGCACUCACAGAAUUAGGGAGUGACAAAGCCUUUCUAUAGAACUGCAGAUAUUCGCCCUUUUAUAACCACAGUACAAGAUUCUGGGAGAUGUUGUUUACCUAGCUGAUUACAUAACUACAUCUCCCAUAAACCUAAGUUACAACAGUAUGUACUGGAGUAUUUUGGAGCAUAAGGGUACAGGGCAACUGAACAAAACGAUUACUUAAAAAAAGUUUGAUGUAACAAACACUAGUUAUACGUGACUGUAACCCAACCUGCACAUUGCCCAUGUUUGUGGUUGCCUUGUUUAACCUCGUCAUUACAUAUUUGUUCUGUUGUAGGUAAUUCUGGAAUGAUUACUUUCCAAGUUGAGAUGCGAGAUAUUAAUUCCAGUGUCAUUGCUGCAGUUGUUCUGUCUGGGUCAGACACUGUGCAAUCAUUGGAAACUGUUCUGAAGUUAGUAUCGGACCACUUCAGUCCUUGGGGGGUCUUCUUGAGAAUAAGUGAUCAUGCUUCCCUCAAUGAGACACUUCGUAUUCUGAGGGAUCAAUCUAAGCAGCGAGCGCUGUAUUUCCCAGUGUGGAUAAACAUGGACGUAUCAUAUGGCUCUUUCAGUGUUCCAGGAUACAUAGAUGGCAAAGACUUUAUCAACAGCAUCAACAACAUCUUCCCGUUUGUUACCAUUGCACCAGGAUGGCCGGCAGAAGUGCUGGGUCAGGGCUACACCGAUCAGAUAGCACAGGACAUGCUGAAACUCUGUAAGGGUCUCUGGCAAGAGGUUUCCUUUCAGUUACAGGCCGUAGCACUAGGGGUAGCCUGGGACGGUGCUAUAAAACUCAAGAACACUUCGUCAAUUUACUCACUUACUGUGCAACAUGACGGACCACCAGAAAAAUUCAUGGACGGAUAUAAGGGACUAAUGACAAUUCGAUCGCACACCGAAAACAAAGUGUACUACAAAUUGACACAUGAUGACCGCAUUUCAUUUCUAUACUCAGUCUAUACCUCAUAAAAUUAAUUCAUCUCAGAUUGAACACUGUAAUUUGUAAGUAUAGAUAUUUUGUAGAAUGUGCUUUGAUUGUAGAAGUGCUGUAAAAACUGCUAUCUUGAAAUUCUCUGUUGGUCAGACUGACACAUGGUCUCCCAUUUACUGAACUGAAGAUCGUAAUGGCACAAAUGUAUCAUUGGUAAGAACAAUAGUAAGGGCUUCAGGAAAGUAGGCGCUUUCUAGAAAGUAGACAACAAAAUUCACUUGACUUGAUGGGAACCUGGCCAAGAGUUAAAGUUUAUUUUAUUGAGUGACAGAGACAAUUAGUUUCAUUGUGAUACAUAACUAAUACACAAUUAUUAUUUUUUUUAAUUAAGCAAUAAACUGUGUAUGUAACCUAACCUAAAUCAGAAAAGAAUUAUUAUGAAAGUGAUAAAAAUGUUGAAUAAAAUCUUUACAGAAACUUUCCAUGGUGUUACUGCGUGUAAUAAAGUUAGGGAGAUAAUGCUAGGGUGUACUUUCCAAAAUAUCGAAACAAAGAGGGACACUUUCCUUUUAGGGGUGUAAGUUGUUCUGUGGCCAUGGGUAAGGGCUGCUUUUGAGACAUUUUAGCUGACUUACUAUUAACUUAAGCCACUAAAAUAUAAGAACAAGAAGGAUGUAUCUUUUUUUUUUAAGACCCAUUAAUGUGAGUAUUAUUGUUGUGGAGCUCUGUUAUACACUCAGAAAAAUUACUGUGAGUUUUAUUGCUGUGGAGCUCUGUUACACACUCAGACACACCAAUAAUACGUAACUCUUAGAAAAGAGGGAUAUUAGGAUAGAAAAGAGGAACAAAUGGAUUUGUACUUAAAACAAGGACUGUUGGGACAUUUGGCAGGUAUGUAGUGGAAAUGCUUAACAUUCUAAAUUCACUUUAAGCUCCUGUCAAUUCACAAUUUGUUUAAUGGAUAUCUUUAUCACUCUUUUACCAAGUAAUGCAACAAAUGUUCGGCGUCAAUAUGUCAAAGACUGGUGACAUCGUAAAUCCAUUUAUGCAAGUUAAAGUGCUUGUUCUGGCUCAGAACUUGUCAGGAGGAUAAUCUGCAUAAAAAGCUUUAUGAUAAAUAAAGUUUUACUACUGCAAAAAUAUAUCCGCCUCCAUCGAUCACUAUAGACCAUCAAGGCUUAUCAAAUGAGUUUGUGCUAUAGCUGUCCUGUCAGAGCAACUCUGCGGUUCAUAAACUGAAUCUACUAACAAGUUCCAAUGGGCACCUGGCUGGAUAGGUUGCAUGUCUCCAAGGUAGUAGGUUUUUCUUUUUUGAAUGAAUGUUUAAAGCAAGGUAGUACCAUAGACACAAUAGCAAUAAUUAAAGGAACACUGUAGUCUUAGGAAUACAAACAUGUGUCUGCACUAUUUAGGUUAAAGGGCCCUCCCCCUAACAAAAAAAAUAAA